AUGAAACUUAUCACUUCUACCCUCCUUGUCUUGUCCUUGAGUGCAGAUGCCUUUGUCAUUCCUGGAUCGCAACCAUCAUCGCUUUCCACCACCACAACCAGCACCAGUUUGAAGGAUGUCGGUCUCCAAUGGGGCUUCGACGAGACUGGCUGCCGAAAUGAGUACUUCUUGGAGCACUGGUCCGACCGCAAUACGAAUUAUACUCCACAAAGUAAUUGGGCCUAUGAUCCGUGGAGUGGAAUCAGCCAAACCAUCUUUGUCCCCCGUCACAAGGAAGUGAUUGGAGCCUUUCAACACGAGUUUGCGUCAAAGGACAUUUUGGGCACCACGGCAUCUCCGAAGAGCACUCCGGCACCACCAGCACAACAACAACAAAACGCCCCAACAUUGCCACCAUCAGAACCAGCGCAACCCAUGCCCGAUGCACAAGUUGCUGCUCCGCACUACGAAGCGCAAAAAAUGAUGAACUAG